GGGCCUUUUAUAGGGACCUGGGGUAAUAACAAGGGGGAGAAGGUGGGGUUUUAUGGAGGUUCUAGGGUGGAAAGGUGCGAGGGGUUUUAUGGGGGGGGUUCUAUAUGGAAGGAAGGAUAUGAUAUGAAGGAAGGGAUGGGGGGGGCCUAGAGCAAUAACAAGGGGUGAAAGGUUCUGAGGUAAUGACUAGGGAAGGGUCCUCGUUUUCGAGGUCGAAACAAAACUUUGAGCCGCCGCGAAGUACGGAAGGGUUUGCGGGGGUUGCCCUCCCCGUCGGAGCUUAAGCACCCUGGGGCCGCUUGGGCCUGGGUGAGCGGGGAAGAGGCCGCCCCGGCUCCCCGCCGAAGGAAAGAGGACAUUCUCAACGAGGUUGAGGGUAGGAGGCGAGAGGAGAGGAAGGUCAUGGUCAGCCCCGGGAUCCGCGGCUUCCCCGUAGCUGGGAGGGCGCGAGCCCCAAGGAUCCUCACCUUCCUAGAGGCCGGCGCGCUCCCCUCGGCUGGCGGCCACGGAGACGGCCCGGGGCAUGUCCGUGGAGGGGACGCCCGCGGAGCCAGGCGCUUCAGCAGGCGGCACCACCCAGCCCAGGUUCAGCCCCUCUGGGCGGCCGCUGCCAUCUUGGGCCGGAGGCUGAGAGCAAACGGCGGAACGACGAUGCCCCGGUCCCGGUUCCGCACCCGCUGCUGCUGCUACUACUGCUGCUGCUGCUGCCGUGGCGGAGCCUCGCGGCCGCCCGCCUCAUCUUCCUGCCCGGGGGCGCGGCGCGGCGCGGGCUCGCGGGGCCUACGGGCGGCGCGGGCUCCCGCGGCCACGGCGGUUGGGGGCCAUGCGCGGCGCCGGGUGCGCGCGAGGACGAGAACGAGGCGGCGGCGGCAGCGGGAGUGGGAACUGCGGGAGGUUCGGCCCUCGGCUGCCUGCGCCGAGGCUGCUGCCCGUCCAGUCCGCAGCUACUCCAACUACCACUGGCGCGAAGACCCGGCCCUCAGCCUCCAGCUCCUCCUUCCCCUCCUCCUACUCCUCCUCCUCUUCCGCUUUGCCUUGCCUGGCCUGGCCUAGCGGCCUUCGUUCCCCUACUGCUGCCACUGCUACUGCUGUCGCCGCCGCCGCCUUAGCAGCGCCGCCGCGCGCCGGAACCCAGGGCUAACCCCAGCCAGCGCAAGCUAGCCUCCUCUCGGAGCGCGUGCGCGGGCGUGCCCGAGCGCAAGCCAGCCCCGCCCCCUAUCCUCCGCCCCCGCCAGAGCGCGAGUCACCCCUGCCCCGCCCCUCUUCUCCCCCAACCCCAAUCCACCCCCGCCUCGGCCUGAGCGCGAACGGGCGCGGGAACAGUCCCUCCCUAACCCCCGACCCUGCUCUCUCUUCUUCUCCCGCCCCUCCCCUCUGCGCGAACCUCGAUGCAAGCUGUCCCCUAGCACUCCCUUCUUUUGAGCGCGGGCGCGAGCCCGAGCCGCACCCUUGUCCCAGGCGCGACUCCACCCGGGACCAUCCUUCCCCUCCCCAUCUAUGCCCUUGAAUCCUGCCUGGUUCACACUCUCCUCGUGAGCUCUAGAGAAACCUUGUCCGAGUCCUGACAGAGUGGGCAUCUGCAGGCUCCUAGACCUGCGCCACGCACCGGCUCCUUCUGAGGCGGGGGCUUGGUCCUGGGAGGAGCCCUGUGGACAUGCACGCUGUUCCUUGCUACGGAGGAGAGUAAAAAGGGCCUGGGGAAGCAACACCCCCAAGAAAAGGUCCACAGUGAAGUGCGUCCGAAAAUCCGGAAACAGGGAUGGGGAGACCCCUUUGUAAAGAUACUCAAGGAAGAUAUGGGAUUCUCCAGACCCUCCAAAAAAAACAACCGUGGAAUUAAGGAGAGCUUGAGAAGUUGACACUCCCACACACGCACACCCCCAGAACAACCUCCACUUUUUUCCUCAGGAAACCAAUGGCGUGACUCAUGUCAAACCACAAAUUCACAGGUCUGAGCUGGAAAGGACCUUAGAUCGACUAAGAAAAGCACGACCCCGGAGAAGUGAAGGGACUUCACGCCACGGGGCCAGAAUUGAGUGGGGGAUUUCACUUCCAUGUGAAAUUGGGCAAUUCCCCAGCAGCCUUUUUUUUUUUUUAAGAUUCAUUAAAUUCUAAGUCUGAGAGAAACAUUUGAGAUCAUUCCCUUCCACUCUUUUUAGAGAUGGAACCAAGUAAGGAUUAGUUCGAAUUACUCCAGCUAGCUAGUGUGGAGAUCCAAGGCUAGAAAUUAGGUCUACCAUGCUCUUUCUUUUGGCAAGACUUGUAUGACAUUGAGUGAUCCUUCUAAAUUCAACAACUCAGGUGAAAUUAGUGAAUUUAAUAAAAAAAAAAUAACAUCCCUAA